CACCUCCCCCGUGGCCGUCCCCCUCCAUUUCUCACCCGGAUUAUAUCAUAUUUCCCCGGCUUUCCCCAUUUCCUCCGUAUUUUAUUCGAUUUCGAGGUCGGUUUUCUGGUGACCUCCAACCGCCGCGAACCGCGCAUGUGAACUGUGCCCCCCGGCGAGGCGCGCAGGUGCGGUGCGGUGCGGUGCGCCGAGGCGAGGCGAGGCGAGGAGCGCGUCGGAUUCGGGGUCGGGGCUAGGGUUUCGCCGGCCGGCCGCGAGAUGGACGGCCGGGACCAUCACCAGCACCAGAGUCAGCAGCAGCAGGCCCAGGCCCAGGCGCAGGCGGCGCCGCGGGUGGGUUCACCGCCGCAGCCUGGCCCCGGCGGCGGCGGCGGCGUCAUGAUGCAGCACGCCACGGCGUUCGGCGCCGCGGCCACGCCCGGGAUGCCGCCGGGCCCCGGGAACGUUAUGCACGGGAUGCCGCUCGCCUUCAACCCCAUGGCGUCGCCGGGCGCCUCGUCGCCCAUGAAGCCCGCCGACGUGCCGCCGGGAGCCAUGUACCGCCCCGAUUCCGGCGCGCCGGGCAUGCAGCAGCAGCAGCCGCAGCAGCAUCCAGGCGCCGGCGCCGGCGAGCUCGUGAAGAAGAAGAGGGGGAGGCCGAGGAAGUACGGCCCGGACGGGACCAUCGGCCUGGGGCAGAAGCCCGCCGCCGCGACGGGCGCUGAGGCCGGCGGGCAGUCCGGCGGAGGUGGCUCCAACUCCAACCCCGACGGCAAGCGCAGAGGGCGCCCCCCUGGAUCCGGCAAAAAGAAACAGCUCGAUGCUUUGGGAUCAUCAGGGACAUCAUUUACUCCCCACAUAAUAACUGUGAAGCCUAAUGAGGAUGUUGCUUCAAAAAUAAUGGCCUUUUCACAACAAGGCCCACGCACUACAUGUAUAAUUUCAGCAAAUGGGGCUCUGUGCACAGCAACACUCCGUCAACCAGCAACCUCUGGUGGCAUAGUGACAUACGAGGGCCACUUCGAUAUACUCUCCCUGUCGGGCUCAUUCCUGCUUGCAGAGGAUGGUGACACUCGCAGCAGAACAGGUGGUUUGAGCGUGGCACUUGCUGGAAGUGAUGGACGCAUAGUUGGAGGCUGUGUUGCUGGAAUGCUGAUGGCGGCGACACCCGUGCAGGUUGUAGUUGGCAGUUUCAUCGCUGAAGGUAAAAAGCCAAAGGAAGAGCCGCAACCAAAACGCGAGCCGGCUUCUGUGCCACUGCACGCGCCCGGCUUUGGGGCAGCCUCGACUGCCAGCCCCCCGUCCGACGGAACAUCAAGCGAGCACUCUGAUGAUCCAGGAAGCCCUAUGGGACCUAACGGCAGCACAUUCGCCAACACGGGGCAUCCCAUGCACUCCACAUUUGCUCCGGUUGGGUGGUCGCUGUCUGGGAACCAAGGCCGCUAUGAUCCUGACCUGAAGAUGAUGACCGACUGAUGACUGCCGGUUCGCAGCGGCCUUGUUAGCAGUUGACGUAGUUCAGUAGGGCUCAGGCCUUCCUGCACCGGUUCCACCAGCAGCAGCGUCGGACAAUAAAUUCGGUAUGCUAGGAGGAAUGAGUAGAUCACGAGGAAUAAGUAGCACCAGUGCAUGCCUUUGCCUUGUUAUGCAGUAGCUAGUUGCUUGUAUCCGUAUCGUUUCAUUGUCAGGGUUUAUGCAGCCUGCCUUCCGGCUUGUGUCUGUAUCAGUGUAGUGCUACGUUUCUCUUAUUCAUGGAUUGGUAUUUCUCCUUGCAUCGUUAUGUGCUAUUUGUUAGUA